UCCUUAUUAGCUCACCUGCUGGGAUGGAAAUUCUAUGAUGCAGACGAUUAUCAUUCUCCAGAGAAUAAAAAGAAGAUGGCAGAAGGGAUACCACUAAAUGAUGAGGACAGGAUUCCCUGGCUUUGUGCAUUGCAUGAUAUACUGAGGAGAGAAGACUCAUCUAGACAAGAUGCAAUUCUGGCCUGUUCUGCACUGAAGAAGAUGUAUAGGUGUAUAUUAGUUAGUGGAGCAUCUGGAAUUGAAAGCAAUCAGCCAGAGCAACCAGGAGAAAACGCAGCGCUGCAGAUCCUCUUUGUUCAUUUGCAUGGGCCUAUAGACAUCAUAGCUGGCCGCCUGGAGAAGAGGAGAGGACAUUUUAUGGCACCUGAACUUCUCAAGUCUCAGUUUGACACUCUGGAGCCUCCUAGUGCACCAGAAAAUUUUAUUACUGUCAGUCUAGAAAAAUCUCUCCCUGAAAUAGUGCUGGAGAUUGAGCACGCCAUUUUUCAGGGUGAGGCUUUUCUGCAGGAAGUUUCUGAAUUACACAUACAGAAAUUCCCAUAAGGAUAUCAAGGGUAUGGAACAGCAUUUUAAUUAUUACAUUGAUUAUUAAAUCAAAAGAACU